AUGUCUCCAUACAACCCAAAAGGAGCAUAUGGCGGCGCAGAUACCUGGCUCCUAGAAGGGUUUGCCUUUGACAGGUGCCCAAUGACGUCUAAUCGUCUUUACUGUGCUGUUCUCACCCAAGGCACGUUUCUGCCACCAAACAUUCCAAUGAGACCAUUGGCCCAGCUCCGCUUUCGAACCAAUAUACGCAUCAUUUUCGAAGCUGUUGGUCAUUUUCUGGAAUUCUGGAAUGGGGAGAAUUUUUGGACCCGCAUUCGAGCUACUCUGGGCUAUGAUCAAAAGACGACUGAGCAACACCUCAGAGACAUUGUUCUCGCCUACCUGCGCGGCCGGAGGUCGUACCUGAGGAACCGCGGUUUAGCUGUCCGGCCCACCACACGUCUAGAAAAAUUGGCCGAUAAAGUAAAUGAACAUAUUGAUCACGGUGAACGAGAAUAUACCGGCUUUCGCGGUUUCAUAUCAACUCGCAACUGGGAGGAAUACAUGUACAAAUGGGAAACAAGACUGCAACAGGUCAGUUACGACUUGGGUAUUUUGGAAAAACAAUUCGCAUCCGGGGAUUGCGCCCCAGAACUCCGCCGAUAUGCCCCUGCCCAGUCUUUGGCUUCUCGGAUAAGUGCUCCGCCGUCUGAGGGCCAGAGUCCUGGAAACAGACACCAUGAUGCGAAAAUACGACGGAGCAGAUCUCCUAGUCCGUCUCAAAGAAAGACCGAGACGACGUCGCUCAGCAGCACUACUCAUUCUCUUCCACAAAAGCCUCGAGUACAGAGCCCCGAAAGGCGGAUCGAGAGUAGUCAGCCCGAGUUCAGUACUCGGGUCGACUUGCCUAGCAAACCUUCUCGGCCCUCAUGGCCGGGUGACAAGUACAGUGCUGGUUCAGGGUCCCAGGAAUUCACAACUACCUCUGUGAACAACCAGGGUACCAAUAAACAUUCAGGCGGCACGAGCGCAUCUGGAACCACGUCCAACCCACCAGUACAAGCAAAAGGACAGGGGCAAGAGAGUAGAAAGCGUAGUUUGAGCGAAACAGUCCAUGAAGCCAACGUCCCGCGCAAACGCGUUGCUACAGAACCAGGACCGACAGCCCGAGAUGCCGAGCAGGCAGGCGAAACGACGGCCGUACACGAACCAGCCCGGGAGAGCGAUGAAAAGUUCAAAGAGUUUGCAGGCCAGCAACCGUCUGAUGAACGGGACCUCUUGAAAGGAGAGCCCCCAGCAGUGUCGGAUCCUACAAAGACCACAUCAUCCAAAAUAGAAGAGUCUGGAGUUGCAGCUACGCAUGAACCAUUCAAGUCAGCGUCAAGUACAGCCGUGGACAAGUCUGCCAAGACCCUUGCUCAAAAGGGCUCCUCCAUCCACGACAGCGGCGACGAGUCUACGCUUGCUAUCCGGGAACUAAUCAUUAGCCUAGAAACGAGACAAAGCCAUCUGGAAGAAAUGGAGGCUUCCAUGCGAGCGUGGCAAGAACAAUUCACAAAGAACCUCACCUCGGAAUCGCAAACACGGAUUCAGAAACUGGAAACCCGGGUGCAAAGUCUCACUACUCAGCUGGAACAGUCGGAGCAGCAAAGGGUGGCCAACAUGAAUUUACUGGUUCAAACUCUGGAAAGCAACAACAAGCGCACGUCCAGCCAAGUUGAGAUAUGGGAGAAGAGGACGGAUCUCCUAGCCAAUGAGCUUGCUAAUGACUCCAGGACGACCAAGGCAAAGCUCUCGGACCUGGAAGCAGGCGUGUCGGCCAUUAAAGCCUCGGGCCAGACUGAACAAAUCAUCGAAAUGCAUGCAGAUAUUAUGAGUCUCAAUGUUCGAAUGAAUGAGAUACCGGACCCAAGGCAAUUCAACGAGCUCAAGACUCACCUGCACAGCCUUGAAGGCCGAGUAAAGGCUCAAAUUACAGCUUGGCAGGUUCAACACAAGACGGCAAACGAUCUGACGCAAAACCUCGAGGAACGUCAUGCAGAGCUCAGAACCGAUGUCACGAAAAGGACUGAAGAAUUUGAAUCGGCAUUGAAGAAAUUGCAGAGCCAGGAUACCAAUCAAACACCUGGACCAGAUUCUGUGAGAAAGCUUCGAACAGAGUUUGAAGAGUUUCGUAACAAGCACUCGAAAAAGUCCACGGCCGCGCUCAAAAAGCGUGUCGAUGAUCUUUCUCAUGAAUUGGGCCUUGCACAAAGGAGCAUCACUGAGCAAACCGAUCUUUUGUACCGUACUCAGCAAGACGUCUUAAACCUGGCAAUCGAAGUCGAGAAACUUGACCGCGAAAGAAAUAAUAUCCCUGCCAAUGUAUCGCAAGAGUCUUUGCCAGCCUCGGACAAUCAGUCAAAGUUGCAAGUCUUUUCCAAGCGCUUGGGAUCAAUCGAGGAAAAGGUUGGGUCGGAAAGUGGUCAAGACACUAUUCAGGCUCAGCUCAAUGAGCUCAGGUCUGCAAUUGGUGCACUAGAGGAACACUUGCGCGAAAAUAUCUCGGUCGAUCGUGUACAGAAACUCGAAGCUGCCGUCGAGGAGAUGAAGGAGACGUUACCCGAGACUUCGUCGACGGACAUGAAUUCCGUAGACAUGCAGUUGUGUCAAGUUCGACAGUAUAUGGACCACGGCCUGGAAAUGACCAAGGCCAUUGUCAAGAAACGGCUCGAUGAUUUCCAAGCACAGAUCAACAAGAUCCCGUCGGUGGCUCGAGCUGAUCAGCUCGCUACACCCAUUUCGCCACAGCACAAUGCACCAUUCUCAUUCCGCGACGACCAACUGGUUACUUUGCAACGACAGAUUGAUGAAGUUCGUGAAGCGCUACGUUCGAAACGCGAAGACUCCAUUUCAAGUCGGCUCUCAGCCUCGAGCCGACCCUCGAGCUCGGUCUUGUCAGAUUUGCAAUCUCUCAUUGCCCAGUCGCAUCAGCCAAAGGCCGUACUCGAGCUUGCGUUAGGUAUUUUAAAGACAACCAAGAAGGGUAUUAGGCAGAGUAUACUGUCCAUGGAUGCCGCUGGGGAAGUGGAUGAUGACCAAAAGAUGCGCGUCACGGAUGUAUCUUUUGAACUGGACAGGAUUGCAAAGCUUGCCAUAAAGUCGAUAGAAGCCCUGACUGAAUAA